AACCUAAUUUCAAGGUCUGUACUAAUGAGCUUUGGGGAGAGAAAAUGGUAGAGAAGGCAAAGCCUACCUCCUUCUAUCAUUAGUGCCAGAGUUAGCAACUGGACGCCCCCGCAAGAGAGAGGCCCAACACUUGCCGCUGUUGCUUCCCAUCGAACUCGUUCUUGGCCCCCUCUCAAUUCUCUAAUCCUAAACGGCGAUCUUCUGGUAGCUCCCAAGAGGAAAUCCGCCGGCUGGUAUUGAGGCAUGUAUAAGAACCAGUUGCAGGAACUUGCUCAGAGAAGCUGUUUCAACUUACCAUCUUAUGUGUGUAUACGGGAGGGGCCGGAUCAUGCUCCAAGGUUCAAGGCGACAGUUAAUUUUAAUGGAGAGAUUUUUGAGAGCCCGAGCUUCUGUUCCACACUGAGGCAAGCAGAGCAUGCUGCAGCUGAGGUAGCUCUGAAUAUGCUUUCGAAGAGGGGCCCUUCUAGGUCGCUUGCUGCAAAAGUUCUGGAUGAGACUGGUAUUUACAAGAAUCUACUUCAAGAAACUGCUCAUAGAGCUGGGUUGAAAUUGCCUGUUUACACCACUAUUCGAUCUGGACCAGGUUAUACACCUGUCUUCACAUGCACAGUCGAGCUUGCAGGAAUGAGCUUCACUGGUGAUGCUGCCAAGACCAAGAAGCAGGCUCAAAAGAAUGCUGCCAUGGCUGCCUGGUCUGCAUUGAAGCAAUUGCCUCAUUUAGGCUCUUCAUCAUCAUCAUCACCAUUGGAACAUGAGGGCAAUGGCGAACGAGAACAAGUCACUAUUGCUCGUGCUCUCGCAAGUUUGGAUCGGUCAGAAGGAAACAAAUUUACUUCUCAAAAUGACUGUCAGUGUUAUCGGCAGAGGCCAGCUCCUAUUCGAAAAGAUAUGCAUCAAGCAGCCAAUGUAUCUUUCUAUCCCAUGCCUUUUCAGGGUUGGACAUACCCGAGUUUCUCACAAGGAGCAGCAAUGUACCAAAUGUGGCAGCAAGCACAAGCAUCUCAACAACAGACUCACUUGUUGACACUACCAGCUCCCCAGCAUCCCAUCAAUUCUAGAUUUUUCCCAAUUCUGCGGUCCGUAUACCAGCCAACUCAUCAACGAUUCUUCCCAUCAGUUGAGCUAGAAUCUGUUAGUUCUAUCCCUUGCUUCAUGGAUUCGGCUCCCGUCCUUCCGGUGUACUUCUCAGACUAUUCUGUAUCUCAUCCACGCAUAAGUCGAUCCCAGGCGACCAUACAAGAGAUACGCGAGGAACAAAACCGAGGGGAAGGGAAGGAAUGGCUCAAUCUCCCACUGGAAUCAGCAGUAUUCUCUUCAUUUGAUAUUUCAGAUUCCAAUCUUCCACUGGAUGAUGGUGGUCCUGUGCCAAAAGUUCAGGAGCCACCUGAAGAUAAAGAACAAAAUAGUUCACAUGGCAGCACAGAAGUAUCACCUGAGAGAGAAACCAAUAAUGCUCCUGGUUUCAAGCCAGUCAUGCAUACUUCUAAUGCAUCAGUGGAUCGUAUAAAGAUUCAGGAAUGUCAGCGGGUGGAGAGAAGCCAAAAGAAACCAUUUGAAUGGGUGCAUGGGGUGUCAAUUUGGCCAGGGCCAUCAACCCCAAACCAUCCUCCAAAUUUGCAACAGGAUAUAAAUUCCUUCAACCCUAUCCAGUCUGUCCGUGGAGUCCAUCAUCCAUCAUCAAGUUCUUCCAGUCUGCCCAGGGGAUUUAGUCGUCCUAUGGCAGCGACGACAACAACUGCAGUUCCAAUACAUUCAUCAGGUCCCAAAGCUGAAGCAUUUAGACCUCGAGUCCCAUCACUGGCUGCCCCGGUGACAAUCAGAACUGCUGUUCCUGUGUUUUCAGCAAGGCCUGGAGCAGUGAAUCCCACCACGAGGGCUCGUGCCAGUUUAAUGGCACCAGCUGUUUGUGUCAGGUCUGUCGUACCAGUUUGUUCGGCCCCACCAUCAAGGACACCUGACUCAAGCCAAAUAGGCAGCCAGGAGCCAGAAGGCAUCUCAGCAGUGAAUUCAGAAUUUGGUAAGCUACAAAUAUAAGCGACAAUUUUGGAUUGUUUAGCUUGACUUUGUAGGCAUACCCCAUUUUUGUUGGGUGUUUGUUUUGCCUCUGCAUGAACUUUUUAAUAGAUAGGUAGGUCUGUGGGAAUGUUAUGAAGUUGUGCUACCGAUCUGUGAGCUCAUUGCAUUCAAUUUCACUGGUAGAAUUAAGAAAAUAAAUGAAGCAAAUCCAUUUAGAAUGUAUCAAAAUUAUCUUUUGUGGUUAAGAAAGAGAUCAGCCCAAGGCUUUUUGUCACCAA